AUGGAGAAAGCUCCUGACAGCCCGGAAGUGGAUGGCGCCAUCGGGCUGAGAAUCUGCCGUAGGAUCUGCUGCGCCAUGGAGCUUUCGCUACAGCAUACAUUCCUACAUGUGAAGGAGAAACAGUCAAAGAAGGAGCGGACGAAGAGUCUGCCACCGCCCAAGAGUUCAGCUUCGUGGAAUGAGGCAAAACCAUCAAAUGGGCUAGAUGCAUAUGUUCUUUUGGUCCAAGGUCUCCACGAGUUCAAUCCCGGAUCUGGUGGUCACCCAGAGUUUUGCUCGCGCCCUUGCGCCUACUUCCAGAGCGGAUACUGCCGACGCCUGGGUGGCUGCCAGAUGUGCCAUUUCUACCACGAGCGAGUUCGCUUGGACAAGACGCAGCGCAGCUGGCUGGAAAGGCUCUCUGAGCGCGAGUUGCUGGUGACUUUGUUGAUGGUUUUGGAGGCCAAGUCGCAGGAGGGCUGGUCCAGCCAGGUUUUUGAGAUGGAACAAUUGGUACUCGGUCGCUGUCGUGUGCUUCCUGCAGAUGCGCCGACAAUUCCACCAACCAAGCAGCGCAAUUUGCUGAAAGCGCUUUUGCGAAUGAGCGCGUCGCAGGCCACGGGCUGCAUCACGAAUUGUCGUCGCUUCAGCCCCGUCCUUGCUGGCUUACUGGAGGAGGAGGUGUUCCGUCAACGGCAGCAUCCCCCUUCACAGGGGCGGGCGGCUUUCGGGCAGGCACUGAUGCUACUGAAGAUUUCGUUUUGGUGA